UGGACAUAGUGGUAGAGGUCCCUUUUGCAGCUUAUUUGAUUAAAUCAAUCAUUUAUAAAAAUUUCUAUAACCACUUGACGAGCCCAACGAAAACUUUGGCCCAAAUCCAAUUUCCUCUACCACAGACUACUCUUCGUUCCCCAAAUCUUCGAGCUUUGAUUCCAUUCCAUGUAGAUAGAGAUUAGAGAGAAUGUUUGAAUGGUCAUCCUCAACUUUACAAUAAUUCAUCUUCACACACACAAAAAUUAAUUAAAAAUAAAAAUAAAAAUCACAAGCAUUCUCUCUCUGCGAAACCAUGGAUGGAGGAGGUGUGUCUGCCGCCGCCAUAGAAGUUCUUGUUCAAAACGUCAUCAACGUUUUCAAAGAAGAGCGGUCUCUACUUCGAGGUCUCGAUGGAGAUGCCCAACAGCUGCAGAGGACUCUGGGCAUGAUUCAAGCUUACUUGAAUGACGCUGAGAAGAAAUCAAUCACCCAAGAUGCAGUCAAGAUCUGGUUGAGGGAGCUUGAAGCUGUGGCUUUCGAUGCUGAUAAUGUUGUGGAUGAACUCAGCUAUCAUCUUCUCCACAAAAGAGUCAACAAAAUGAAGACACCCAAGGAUAAGAUCAGCCCAGAGGAACGGACAUUCUCCACCCUUGCAAUUGUCGGAAUGGGAGGUAUGGGGAAGACCACGUUGACCAGGAAAAUCUUCAAUCAUCAAAGGGUAAAGAAUCGAUUUGGAUCACGCGUUUGGGUUCAUGUUUCUCAAAAUUUUGAUCCAAUGCUUCUUUUCAAGAAAAUUGAUAGAUGUAUCAAGAUAAUGACUCUUUCGAGCGAGCCUUACUCCAACAAAGAAGGAAGAUCACAAAAGGAUAAUUCUCAUUGAUUGAAAAGUAAAACAAACUCUGCAGCUAAAUAAUGGAGCAUCACAACAUCGAAUGAAUUUUAUGGAUGCAUUAUAAUUGGAUUAAACUUUCCGUCUAUGCCGUGCACGCAAAUAUUUUAUAUUGGUUAAAAUUUUACAUUA